CAAUUUUUCAACACCCGGAACUUACUGAGGUUGUACUCUAGACUGGGUCAGUAUAUUGGAUGCCAUGACUGGGAAAGCUAGUAUGGCCAUCGACAUCAUGAUGACAAAUUUGUUCCACAGUUCAUGUGAUGAGCAAGUCCGCUAUCUCUUCACAAUCCACGACUAAUAACGAUCAGCACUGUUUGUCAUCUGCCAAUCUUCGGGGCCAGACGAUGUACUUAUAAGUACGUGAGGGAGCUGGAUUUUCAAAGCGUACCACAACAACCAGCCUCGACAAUCCAAAAUCUGUCAUGUUCUUCGUCAUGUUUCACGUUAGAAUACUCCUUGCCAGUCUUAUCUACUUUUCUUCAGCUCAGGCUGCCAGCAACAACACCAAUCUCACGGUUGCGCUUGUGAGGGUACCGCCACCGGACUGGCCUUUGCCAAUCCUUGAAUACAACUGGGGUACAACAAAACCAAACUUGACCAGCUCAGUUGAUGCGGGAAUUCGUUACAUCAAUGAAGCUAAGGACAAUGGGGCGAACUGGAUAGUGUUCCCUGAGCUAUGGUUUCCAGGGUUCCCCAAAGGUUCCGAAUACAAUAAUUGGACAUCCACACAUCUGCCUGCAUACAUUGAAAAUGCCAUGGUGGUUGGAGGACCAGAAUGGAAUCGAUUAAUCGAUGCUAUCAAAGGCGCUGAAAUCUAUGCCGGCCUCACCAUCGCACAGAAGCUCGGAGAUAAUCUAUUCAUGGCUCAAGCCCUGAUCUCGCCUUCCGGGGAUGAACUCAUCUUCCGUCACAAGCUGCGACCCUCAGGUGUCGAACGCGAUAUUUUCAGCGAUGGUACAAUCGACCAGCUCAAGGUCAUCACCUCUUCAUAUGGAAGGGUUGGCAUGCUUGAAUGCGGAGAACAUUGGUACCCGAGUAUGACGUUUGCUAUGCAAGCACAAACGGAAAAUUUUCAUCUCGGGGCAUUCCCGUACAUGGGCGACGUUGGUGACGACAAAUAUCUCUGGUGGGAAGGCGCGCAGGCUAACACCGGCGCGGUGGGCCUUUAUUCCAACUUGGCGGGAGCGUAUAGCUUCGUUUCCGCUAUUGGACACAGUUUCGUUGUUGAUCCUCUAGCUCAGGUUGUGGCAUCCAUCAGCGCCAAUGCUAGCUUCGAUGAGUUUCCUAUGCUCUAUCAUAGCCUUGACACGACUGGGUUCAAUACCUCGAAGACCUACGAUUCCGACUCUCAAGUCUCAUGGGGUGUUUUGCAGCAAAUAUCCGAUGCUUUCCCGAAGUACAUCCCCGCUGUGGAGGGCAGUUUGGUGCCAAAGAGAAACGUGUCUAUCCAAUCUCUGCUUAGAUAACUACGAA